AUGAUGCAGACUCGUAUAUUAAGAGGGUCAUUGAGUCUCGGACUAAAGGCUCGUUUACAUUGUCGUAAACAAUUACCAUUGAUUAGAACGUUUACUGUGGCUACUCAAUUGCGUAAUAAGGAACCAAUAUACGAAGGUGCAGGGUUAUUACUGGCGUUCAAAGAUGAACACAGUGCCAACCAAUUGGUCGAUGUGAGUAAAGUGUUAGUCAUUGGAUCUGGUGGGUUGUCCAUUGGACAAGCUGGGGAAUUUGACUACUCUGGAUCUCAAGCUAUUAAGGCCUUAAAAGAAGCCAAUAAGCAAUCUAUAUUAAUCAACCCUAACAUUGCCACGAACCAAACGUCCCACGCCUUGGCCGACGAAAUCUACUACUUGCCUGUGACUCCUGAAUACAUCACUUACAUCAUUGAAAGAGAAAGACCCGACGGAAUCUUGUUGACUUUCGGAGGUCAAACCGGUUUAAAUGUCGGUGUCAAAUUGGAGAAAAUGGGUGUCUUUGAGAGAUAUGGUGUUCGGGUGUUGGGUACACCAAUUUCCACUUUGGAAACUUCAGAAGAUCGUGAUCUUUUCGCUAAGGCCUUAAAGGAAAUCAACAUUCCCAUUGCCGAAUCCAUUGCUGUUGAAACCGUUGAUGAUGCUCUUGCUGCUGCUAGGGAAGUCGGGUACCCCAUUAUUGUCAGAUCUGCUUAUUCCUUGGGUGGAUUGGGAUCCGGUUUUGCUGCUGAUGAAACCGAAUUGAGAAACUUGGCUGCUACUUCCUUGUCUCUUGCACCACAAAUCUUGGUUGAAAAGUCCUUGAAAGGUUGGAAGGAAGUCGAAUACGAAGUCGUUCGUGAUAGAGUCGGUAACUGUAUCACUGUGUGUAACAUGGAGAACUUUGACCCCUUGGGUGUCCACACUGGUGACUCCAUUGUUGUUGCUCCCUCUCAAACACUUUCUGACGAGGAAUAUCACAUGUUAAGAAGUGCUGCCAUCAAGAUCAUUAGACAUUUGGGUGUUGUGGGUGAAUGUAACGUUCAAUACGCCUUACAACCCGAUGGAUUGGAUUACAGAGUCAUUGAAGUCAAUGCUCGUUUGUCCCGUUCCUCCGCUUUGGCCUCUAAAGCCACUGGCUACCCAUUGGCUUACACUGCUGCUAAGAUCGCCUUGGGUUACACGUUACCUGAAUUGCCCAACCCAGUCACCAAGACAACUUCUGCUAAUUUCGAACCCUCAUUGGAUUACAUGGUCACCAAGAUUCCCAGAUGGGACUUGUCCAAGUUCCAGCACGUCAAGAGAGACAUUGGGUCCGCCAUGAAGUCCGUGGGUGAGGUCAUGGCUAUCGGUAGAAACUUUGAAGAAUCCUUCCAAAAGGCCAUCAGACAAGUUGACCCUUCAUACAUUGGAUUCCAGGGCGACAAGUUUGAAGACUUGGACGAGGUCUUGAAGAACCCAACCGACAGAAGAUGGUUGGCUGUAGGCCAAGCCUUGUUGCACGAAGGUUACACUGUUGAUCAGGUCCACGAGUUGUCCAAGAUCGACAAGUGGUUCUUGCACAAGUUGAUGAACAUCGUCAACAUGUACAGAGAGUUGGAAGACGUUGGUUCCUUACCGGGAAUCAACAGUGAUUUGAUGAGACGUGCUAAGAAGUUGGGUUUCUCCGAUAAGCAAAUUGGAUUAUCUGUUGGAGCCAAGGAAUUGGAAGUCAGAGAAGUUAGAAAGUCCUUUGGCAUCACUCCUUUCGUCAAGAAGAUCGAUACUUUGGCUGCUGAAUUCCCCGCUAACACAAACUAUUUGUACACCACCUACAACGCUACUUCUCAUGACUUGGACUUCAACGAUAAGGGUACUUUGGUUCUUGGAUCUGGUGUCUACCGUAUUGGUUCCUCAGUGGAAUUUGAUUGGUGUGCCGUCUCUACUGCUCGUGCCUUGCGUGAAUCCGGUCACAAGACUAUCAUGAUUAACUACAACCCUGAAACCGUGUCUACUGAUUUCGAUGAAGUUGACCGUUUGUACUUUGAAGAGUUGUCGUUGGAAAGAGUCUUGGAUAUCUACGAGUUGGAACACUCCAGUGGUGUGGUUGUCUCAGUUGGUGGUCAAUUACCUCAAAACAUUGCUUUGCAAUUACAAGAACAAAACUGUAACGUCCUCGGUACAAACCCUGAAGAUAUCGACAAGGCUGAAGACCGUCACAAGUUCUCUCAAAUCUUGGACUCCAUCAACGUGGAUCAACCCCAAUGGAAGGAAUUGACUUCCAUUGAAGAAGCUGAAAAGUUUGCUAAUGAAGUUGGGUAUCCAGUUUUGGUUCGUCCAUCUUAUGUUUUAUCUGGUGCUGCUAUGUCUGUCAUUAACAGUAAGGUAGAAUUGGACUCUAAGUUGUCCAAUGCUGCUAAGGUCUCACAAGAUCAUCCAGUGGUGAUCUCCAAGUUCAUCCAAGGAGCUCAAGAAAUUGACAUUGAUGGUGUUGCUUCUCAAGGUACCGUUUUGGUUCAUGCUGUUUCUGAACACAUUGAAAACGCUGGUGUUCAUUCUGGUGAUGCCACUUUGGUUCUUCCACCUCAAAAUUUGUCACCUGUUAUCAUGGCUAGAUUGAAGGAAAUAGCUGAUAAGGUUGCAGCUGCUUGGAAGAUCACUGGACCUUUCAAUAUGCAAAUCAUUAAGAACGACAAAAACGGUGAAUUAGAUGACGCUAACUGUGAAUUAAAGGUUAUUGAAUGUAACAUCCGUGCUUCUCGUUCAUUCCCAUUUGUUUCUAAGGUCUUGGGAGUUAACUUUAUUGAUGUGGCCUCUAAGGCUUUAUUACAAGAAAAUGUCCCUGCUCCAGUGGAUUUGAUGGCUAAAUCUUAUAAAAGAGUUGCUACUAAGGUUCCACAAUUCUCUUUUACCAGAUUGGCUGGUGCUGAUCCAUUCUUGGGUGUUGAAAUGGCUUCUACUGGUGAAGUCGCCUGUUUCGGUAAGGAUGUUGUUGAAGCUUACUGGACUUCCAUUCAAUCUACUAUGAACUUCAAUGUUCCUAAACCUGGAUCAGGUAUCUUACUUGGUGGUGAUCUUUCUAAUGCUAAAUUGGGUCAAGUUGCUGCCACUCUUUCCGGAUUAGGAUACCACUUUUACGUCGCUUCUUCAAGCGUUGCAAGCUACUUGAAACAAUAUGUCUCCGAACCAAUUGAUAUAAUUGACUUCCCAAAGACUGAUAAGAGAGCUUUGAGAGAAAUCUUCCAAAAUAAGAAGAUCUCUUGUGUCAUCAAUUUGGCUCGUGCAAGAGCUGAAGAUUUAUUGGAUGAAGAUUACGUCAUGAGAAGAAAUGCUAUUGAUUUUGCCAUUCCUUUGUUUAACGAACCUAAUACUUCGGCCUUAUUUGCACAAUGUUUGAAGGAGAACAUAGGUGCUAAGCAAGAUUUCAGCCAAUUGCCUUCCAACUUUACCAUUCCUGCUGAAGUCAAGAGAUGGAGUGAAUUUAUUGGUGGUAAGCCCGUUUAG